CUUUCUCUCUUUCUCCUUUGCCCAGGAGAGGGGUGAGAACUCACCGGCAGGAUGCCGCUGGUGAAGAGGAACAUCGAGCCCCGGCACCUCUGCCGGGGGGCUCUUCCCGAGGGGGUGACGAGUGAGCUGGAGUGUGUCACCAACAGCACGCUGGCUGCCAUCAUCAAGCAGCUGGGCAGCCUCAGCAGGCAUGCAGAGGACAUCUUCGGCGAGCUGUUCAACGAAGCCAACAGUUUCUACAUGCGGAUGAACUCGCUGCAGGAGAGGGUGGACCUGCUGGUCAUCAAGGUGACACAGCUGGACUCCACCGUGGAGGAAGUUUCGCUGCAGGACAUCAACAUGAGGAAAGCCUUCAAGAGCUCCACAGUGCAGAACCAGCAGGUCGUGUCUCGCAACUCCAUCCCCAACCCGGUGAUGGAGAUGUACCAGCGCUGCGACAAGCCCCCACCACUCAACAUCCUCACACCCUACAGGGACGACAAAAAAGACGGCCUCAAAUUCUACACCGACCCCUCCUACUUCUUCAACUUAUGGAAGGAGAAAAUGUUGCAGGCGACAGAAGAUAAGAGAAAGGAGAAGCGCAGGCAGAAGGAGCAGCGGCUGGUGGAGGACUCCACCCGAGAGGUGAAGAAAGUGAGGAAAGCCCGCAACCGGCGCCUGGAGUGGAACAUGAUGGCGUAUGAUAAAGAGUUCCGACCCGAUAACAGGUUCUCACCAUCCCCCUAUCACAUGGCGUCAUCGGAAGGAUCACUGUCCCCAGAUAAUAGAUCUUACGCGUCGGACGCGGCCGACCACUCCUACCCGGCCAGCCCCAACCAUCCCGCACAGCUCCUGGCCCCGGCGUCCCACCUGGCCCCAACGGAGCACAAGGAGGGGGUGAUGGCCACUGCAACCCCCCAGGAGCACGUCUACCGCCCAGUGCCGGCGGCGGGCAGCCGGCAGAACAGCCUCAACCGCCUCCAGCAGCCCCACGCGCCGCAGCCCCCCGAGGCUAUCCUCAACGGGCCAAGACCUCACUUAAUCAAGGAUUAUGGCCCGCAGCCGGUGCCGAUGGCAGAGUACUUCGUGCCGCCCGCCCCACCGCCCCCCCCCUACUCUGCUUCCCCGCCGCAGGCCGGCCCCAUGGGACCCCCGGUGGCACCCCCACCGCCGCCGCCGGGGCCCCCCGCCGUCACUGCCUCCCCGGCACACUCGGCAUCACCACCGGCCCCUGCCAUGGAGCCACGGAAGCCACAGAUCCCACUGAUGCCCAUGAGCGAUGCCCGGAGCGACCUGCUGGCAGCCAUCCGCAGGGGAAUCCAACUCCGGAAAGUCCAGGAGCAAUGGGAACAAGAGGCCAAAAAAGAGCCCGUGGGCAACGACGUGGCGACGAUCCUGUCCCGCCGGAUCGCGGUGGAGUACAGCGAGUCCGACGACGACUCCGAGCUGGACGAUAACGAGUGGUCGGACUGAGGGGGCCCCCGGGGCUGGGCUGGCACGGAGCUCCCCGGCUCCGUCCCAGGUGUGUAUAGGCGCCUUCCCCAACCCUCGAUGCCAACCAGCGCGGGCGGCCCCGCUCGCUCAGGAGCUUUGCUUUUACACCAUGUCGAAAACCCUUCGGGCAGCAGCAGCAGCAGCAGCACUGGUAGGAUACACCUCGGAGGCAGUGAGACCAGAAGUUAGCAGCACUUUCACUUUAUAAUGACUUCCAAAAUGGCUCUGGAGGCAGGUUAAUAGCACUCUUCCGGGUUGACACCUGGAGAAAGAGCAGAGACUGGCCCUGAGUGUGCUUUGCUAGAGAAGGGGAACCCAGAGGCAGUAGUGCUUUUUCAGAUAGAUGUUUAAGGUGUUAAUGAGAAGCUCCUGGAGAAGAAGCCUGAUUGCACAGCUGGUGUCACCACAGGCACACAGGGAUGGCCACGUGCUGGGCUUGGGGAUGCUCUGCUGCCUGUAUUUGUAGGAUCUGGCAGCUCCAAAGGCUGCAUGUGGGCAGGAGUCUCCUUCCCCAUAGGGCAAUGCACUGUCACCGUUGCAUAGGGAUGCUCACCAUCAUGCUAUUGCUCCUUGGAGAAGACCAAGGUGUUGGUCACCUGAGCCCAUUUCCAUCCUUAGGACCAGUUUUCUGGUAGAAAAUCGUGAAGGCAAGGCUUGUGCAGCUGGUGGGGAAAAACAGCUCUUGUCCUUGGGGGGAAAAGGAGUUGCCAGCAAGGGAGCAGAGGUGUCCAAGGAGCUUCCCCAAGCCCAACUCUUCUCAGCCUAAGCACUACACCAUUUCAGUAUUAUUUAAAAAAAAAAAAAAAUUAAUUAGAUAAAAUGCUGCUUUUACGUAAACUCUCAACUUGCACUUUGCAGCCCCACAGACUGCACCCAUACAACCGAGAUGGACUCAGAUCCAGGCACUCAGUCCCCCUGGGCCUGAUCCUGCCCCAUCCAUUACCCACAAGCAGGGUGAGGCUGGAGAGUUUGGUGCCCACCAUGGUGUUUUGCUCCUCAAAAGAGAACAUGAUUCAUCAAAGGCUUUUCACACGAAGGGAGGAGACGUGGAAAAGCAGAGCAAAGGGGUGGGAAAUACUGAAAAUUCCACAGUCAGGAGUAAGAGCAAGCACAGAGAUGGGAGAGGUUCCCCACCAGCAGAAAAUGGGCCAGGACCAGCCAUGGGCUUGCCCAACACGGUGUUGCGAGGUCCUGUCUUGUCUUCCCAUAUACCAUGGGUCCCUGAACAGGGGAAAACUGACUUUCCAUAUUGAAUCUCUUCUGAGGAGAAGCUGGGCUCUGAGCCCACCUCCCCAACUCUCCCGGUAGCCACGUAGGUGAUGGCUACAAAAGUAGUAUUUUGACUAUCUAGGAGUUACCAGACCUGUAAAGGAGGCAGGAGCAUGUCGCUGGGACCCAAAAGGCUCAGAGGCUGAUGCUUAUGUUCACCCUGAGAAAUGCUGAUGUUGAACAAUGCCCCAAGUAUCUUCCUGUUUCCCCCUGGUGAGAAACCCUUCAUGGUGAGAUGUGAUGAACCCCCUGCCUGGCUGCUGAGAAAUAUCCCUGGGAGCCCUCCCUUCUCUCUCGACUGACCAAAAUGGUCUCAUCCCUUCGAUGUGACGCCUCCUGCAUCUCUGCAUCUGUGGUGCUGAGCAGGGGGUCAAAUGGAAGAGCAGCAUGGAUGUGGGAGAGGGCAAGGGUUGUUGGGGAAGGUGUUAGGGGAGGGUACACUGCCAUGGGCCACAUCCACAGGUUUGGCCCCCCUUUCCUUAGGGAAAGCUCCCCUUGACUUCAGCAGGAAUGACUGUCAGAGCAGGAACUGCAAAUCAAAUCCUUGGAUUUAACCCUGGAAUUUUCCAUCUCGGCAGCACUGAUGGUUGGGCACUGCAGGCAGGAAGCAGCAGAGAAAUAGGGCACAUGGAACUCAUCUCCAGACCUCAAGGAAACAGGAUUGACCAAAGGAGGCAGGGAGACAUGGUGUCCUGUAGGUGACCAGGAAAUUCCCAAUGCUUGGUGCUCACUGAGAGCUCUUGUGUCUGAUGUCAACCCUCUGAGAUGCAGGGAAUGGGCUGCAAAAGGUUUUGGCCAAAGCCCAACAUCUCCACCCAGGCAGAGAGCCCUGGCAAUGCCCACGAUGGGCUUUCCUCCGCAAAGCAGCUGGGGUUUGACCUGAGCAAGUUCAGAAGAAAGGCUUGUAAAAAUUCAGAGCAACAUUUAAGAGUCACCUGGUGGUAUUUAAUGUGGAGGGUUAUUAAUAUAGAUGCCAUCGUGAUACUGUUUGUAUGUGAAGAGCACGUGGUGGCACCCAGAGCCCCAAUCUCAUGAUACAGCCAUUCCUGCAAGGCCAGCUCUGCUGGCAGGCUGACAUCCUCAGUGCCUUUGCUUGAGGGACUCAGCUACAUUUGAGGAUGACCAUCUUUAUUUUAGUUACAUUCAUCUAUUUUUUGCCCAGGUGACUUAUGAAAUCCGACACAAGUGACACCAUCUCCUUGGCUGGUCUGGCUGGGUUAGCUCUGCUGGACUUGGUUGAGCCAUCCUAAUUAACCCUGGCUGGCUGACCCAUAUGCUGCCUACUCAAUAUUUUGUACAUAUGUGCCUAUUUCUGUAUACUCUUCCAAAAGUAGGCCAUGCUGUGUUACACAACCUGAAAUGCUCAAAUCCCCAAGUGGGCUGAUAUAAAAGUGAAUAUUUAAAUAUUUUAUCUAGCUUGUCAGCCAUUAAAAAUACAAUUCAGGUCACAGACGAUUGCAUUUCUCCUCUCUCAAGUAUACCAGAAGUGGGAUGAGGAGAUUCUCCUGUACAUUAAGGUAUCGUGUUCCAUGUUAAAAUACAGCAGUGGCAUUUCAUUGCCAACAGAUGAUCAGAGAGUGCCAAGCAUUUAAUGAGCCCAACCGAUCUCCUGAGAGCUCCUUUUUCCAUUUUAUCUGCUUUCUCCUACUUGCCAGUUUAUGGGCAUAGAUUAAAAAUAAUAAAUAAGUCCACCAACAGGGGGAAGUAUAUUCUGUGGGCAUACAAAUGAAUUGGGCCAGAGUCAACAGAAGAGGAAAUAAACCGGUUUGGUUCUGCUUAGAGAUAUUAAUGGAAGGCUAUAGUCCUUGAGGUCCCUCAGGAACCUCUUGGACAUUUCUGAUUUAUAUGAAGAAGGACAUUAUGGGGACCACUGUGCUCAUGGUACACUGGUCAUUGCCUGUGAGGGCUACAUCAGGUGUGAAGUCUGGUCUUGCUCAAGUUUCAUGAAGGUUGGUGGAAGUCUAGCAGUGUUCACGUUCCAGUGUUGCACCCUCAGUGUCCCCUUGAUUUUGAGUGAACGCUGGAGUUAGCUGUUGGCUCCGGUGGCUCUUAGACAAUCAGUGUCCUGAAGGAAGGAGGAGGGAUUGGGUAACUUCUGGCUUUUCACCCUGGGCAGAGACCUGGGAGGAGCAAGCAUCACAUCCUAUGAGAACUCCUGAUCCUGCAGGUAUUUUUAUCUUGGGAAGGUUUUAUUCUGGUCACAACCGUAAGGCAGAACACAGCUUCUCCAGAGAGCUCCCUUCACAUAAGAGCCCUCAAAUACACUCCCAGCAAUCUUUCCAUCUGUGUCGCCCUUUCAAGACACUCAACAGCCUGAACAGAAGCUUUGCAGACUCCCUGGGGAACACAGCCUGAACUGACACCUCAGCUUUAACGACAAAUGGGAGUUUCACUUGGAGAGAGGCAGGUUGUAGCACUGGAGGCAGUAUUUUGGAAGGUGCUCUCCAGAGGUGCAUGGCCAACAGGAGCAUCAUGCCAUUUCCUUGUGGGUGGACUGUGGAGGGUGGUGGGAAGCGCUCCCCAUCAUGGGAUGCUGGCAAGGGGAGCAUAGGCUGUUUCUUUCACCGUGAUUCUUGUUUUCCUGUAGUAGUAGUUGUUAUUUAGGAGUAAGGUUCUCUCAGCUGGCAUGUCACUUUACAGAUUAAAAAAAUAAACGUAAGGGCAAGGACUCUGUCCUGAGGAGUUUACAGUUUACAGCAAAGACCAUAUAACCUGCACUGCACUUUAGAAGCCUCAAACGCUCACAAACCCAUGAAUUUACCCUCAACUGGGCAGCAGCACCUUGAGGACUGUUGUCCCUUCCUUAGGUGACCCCACAACCAACACCACAACCACAUCCCCCCCCCCGCUGAUGGCAGCAGUGGGGCUUUCCUGCCCCUUCACUAUCCCCACGCAGAAGUGCCUGAGCAAAGUACGGGAGCACCAAGACAUGCUGGUUUUGUCUCUGAACGGGUCACCAUGCCCUCAGGGUGGACCUUUCCCAGACCCCACACAGCUGUGCUCCUCUGGGAUGAUCAUGCAUGCGAUAAGAAACAUGCCUGGGUAACACUUAGAGCUGCCCACUCAAUUCAUGUGAUGGCCUCUAAGCUCCAAGAAAGUGUCCUCCUUCAGGUAAUUAUACCCAAGCCUAAACUUUGAAGUAUUUCAGUCUUUUUGAGAGUUGAGGAGUUCUUUUUUCCUGUGAAUCUGAUCUUCCUUUACCAAACCCCAGGUUUCUAGAAUCAGUCUCUCAAGCUCUGCUUUCUCCAGGUGAGAAUUGUGCCUGCAUUUUACUGGGGGAGGGAAGAAAGAGGAAAAAACACAGUCAAGAAGUUCAGUGAGGGGUUUGCCCCAAAGCCUUCAGGGCUGUGCCUGCGGCAGGGUGGGAAGAGGACACCAUCCUGGUGUUGUCACUAGGCUGAGGCAGAGCCUGAAUCGAGGGAUGGGCUCUUGCUGCAGGAAAUCCCCAGGCAAGACCUGGAUGGGACAUGGUGUCCCCUGAAGGCAAUGCUGAUGUGACAUUGACAAUAUUAAUGUCUGUCUUACAUUGGUACAGGGCCCUGAGGCCACAGACAUCUCCAUAGCACUACAUGAUGGUUGAUCACUGAUGCUUCACCCUCCCACAGGCAUCUCUCCUAAUAAGUAUCUUCCCACAGGUGCCACCUUCAAAGAAGCACCCAGAGGUCCCUCUGUAGUCUUUUACUCAUAGCAGGAACAGGCUUAAAUCUGCUGUUGGUCACUGUGUCUGGGGGCUUGUGAGCCCAAGUGUGUGAGAAAUAACAGGGAAUUAGUAGUGGCAAUACUGGGGAACUGGGUUAGCCCUGGGGGGACUUUCAGCCCAAUGGUAGUUCUAGCACUUGACUGUGUAGGAAGUAUUGAGAGUGCAGAGAGGAGGAAAUAAGAUAGAAAGAAAAUAACCUGAUAUUAUAGGUUAAUUAUGUUCCCACCACUCUGUACAGGAAAGACCUCAGGUAGGUAAAACCAGCUGCAAAGCUACAAAGGGCAGUGGGGAGAAUAAACCUGUUCUCCAUGUGUGUGUUGGACCAAAGUGUAAGGCACAGGAUUGAGCAGUGGCAGAAAGGAGUUGAAGCAGAUCUCAGGGAAAGCUUUCUCAAGGUGAUGACGGAGAAACUCUGAGAUAGGUCUCAGAGCCUCUGAGGUCUUUGAGAAGCAGGUCAGCUUCAGCACAGAGGAGCACUGUCAGUGACCCUGUGUUGGGCCAGGGGGUGGUGGAGGUGCCCACAGAGCACCUCUUCAAACCUGGCAUGUUUGUAGUUCUGCCUCAUCCCCUCCUCUAGGCUUGCAGCACCUCUACUUGUAGAUCUGUCCCAGCAGGACACCACCCCAAAGCACUGCCCAUUAGCCAGCUUGUGUUCUCCCUGAGCUUUAUUGCCCCUUUUCUGGUUUCAGUGUCAACCCUCAAAUACAAUAGAGACAUAAUGUACUGCAGAAUAAGUACAUGAGAGGGAAGGAUAAGAACUAACUGCAGAAAACCAGGACAGGCAGCUGUUACUGCUACAUUUCAGUAGUUGAAGGCAACAGUUCAGCAACCUGCUCCUCCAGACCACUCAUGGCCCACGGACCGCACUGUGUAAACCAUGCUGGUACAAUAAGGUGAACCAUCUGAAAGUUACCCUUUGAUUUGGAGUAGCUUAGAUGAAGAAUCUAAAAGCAAGCAACCACCACCCCCCACCCCCAAAAAAAGAAUAAAAAACACAUAAAGAAACAACUCACGUGAUUUCCAGAAGGAAAAAUCUGUUCUUUCUCCUUCCCCUUGACCUUGAAGGAAGGUCAGACCCAGCAUUGCUUCCCAGCCAGCCACCAAAAAAUGGAACAGUUGUCAUCGUAACUGCUUUCAAAAGUUACUUCCUAAGUAACCAGCAUUUGAAGGCAAGCAGCACAUCAGCCCACAGUGCAACAAAGAGAAGAGUCUCCAGCACCAUAGGACGUGCUUUUGUCCCUGAAGGCCCCACCCCAGCUCAAGUGUUUCAAAUCCCAUUGAUUUUCUCCUUUUUACUGGUGCUUGUAUGUGCCCGAUGCCUCAGCUGGGAACACUUAGUCCAUAGAAAGUCACUUCUUGCCAUGAAAAAACCAACAAUAAAAAUCUUGCAUUAGAAACAAAGUGGGCUUUGAGCCUGGUGACAUUAGGACACUGAGGAGUUGUUGGUUUCUCACUGGCAGCAGGUGCAUCUUUGGCACAGUCCUGCCAGGUCUCCAAAUACAGGAUGCUGUUAGGAGCAUCAGUGCCCCCCCCACCCCCACCAAAGUUAUUUUUAUACUGAGAUGUUUCAGGUCUAUCUUUAGUUCUGGCCAGUUUUCCUCCAAAUGGAGCCUCUCUUUGUGGUGCCUUUUGUCUCAGAUCACAUCAGAUUAGGAAAAAGAAGGAAAGUCCCCAACAAAAAGCAAUCUUUUUUCCUCCAAAAUGCAUUUUUGGGAGCAUUUUGGGGCUGAUGGCUCCCCAUCUUAAUAGACCUCCUUCAUUUUGGGGCUGAUUGACUUGCCUGGGGGAAUCUGGAACAGGAUAUUCCAGCGUGAGCUUGGGUUGAUGCUGAAGCGUUGCUGGCACUUUUCUCCUCUCUGGUUUCAGCCGUGCCAUGUCACGUGUGGGGCUCAGGUCUGGUGUUCCUGUUGGGAGAGCAGUGACAUGACAGCUCCUUACAGACACAAGUGCCUUUUCUGGAGGUCCCCACUGCGUUGCCGAGGAGCACAGGGCUUCACAGGGUGGUUCCCCUUGCCCAGCUGGGGAAGGACAGAGUAUUCUUAAGCAUUUCUGAUGCUCAGCCUGUCCUCACCUGCCCACACCCCGAGGUAUCCACUGGGAUUCCUCCCUCCUUGUGCAGGCAUAGUUUGGGGAGCAGCUUUUACCCCAACUUUGGCCAACCCAAGGAAAUCCUGCUCCGGCAACCAGGUCUCCAGGUGCAGAUGCAAACAUUGCACCUUCGGCCCAGGGACAGUCCCCAAGAGGACACGGUGGCCAUGUAAGGAGGUGACAAACCCUGUCACUGCUUGGCUGUGGGACAUGCAUGUGCUGGUGGGUUUGCUCCAGGGUAUGUGUAUUGCUGCAGCGGUGGGACAAGCACGCAGGCUGGAGAGCCUUCCUCCUUUUUCUUCUCCUCCUCCUCCUCCUGCCCCAUCCCAGGGCUGCUGGGACAAUGCCAGCUGCAGUGGCAGGACAGGAGCCAUCUCGUAGCCAGGCUUCCAUCACCCUCAGAGUGAGUAGGAGCACAAGCACCUCUGGGUGAGGCCAGGCGCUGCAGGAGCCUUAUUUUGGGGGGAAUUGAUGGUAGGUGAGGAUCAUCUCCUGUGCCCUGCACCCAGCAGCCCAGGGAUCAAGGCUAGCCUAGACUGGGCUGGGAGCACCUCAGACACCCCCCCAAAAAACCCCUUCACUACCCAAACUGAGCAACUGCAAGCUGGGGAGACCUCCCGGAGCACUGGGGCAACAGAUCCUCCUAAAAUAGAGCAUCUGUGAGUGACCAGCUUGAGACAAGCGUUUUGAAAGCAUUUUUUUCCCCUUUUGGCACCAGCCAUUCGUACGCACAGCCUGGAGCCAGGGCUGCAGCCUGUCUUUAUGGAGGUUGGCUCCAGCUCUGCAGGGGUGGCACAGCAGGGAUGGGGACGUGCCAACCCAGUGGCACCUUGUGGUUGUCUUCCUGGGGUGCUCAGCAGCAGUGAGGCUGCCCCGAUGCUACUGCAGAAAGCUCAUUUUUUUUUUAAUACCGGCAGAAGUAUUACCUGUAUUUCCUUCGACUUGCCUUUUGAUAAAAGCAGCUGACAGGAGAUGGGCACUUCUCCCAUGGGAGGGUCACCCAUUACAGGCCACAACUUGAUUUCCAUUAUUAUAUAGUUGACGUUAAAAAACAGAAGGAGAUGUUCACUGUCUGAUGGGGUCUUUUAACCAUGUGCACUUAGUCAAUAGGUGAGUAGAUGUUGCUGCUUGUAUCUAUCUACCCUACCCAGUUGCUACGUGUGAACAAGUGUAUUUCUCCCCAGUGUUGUGGGUUCUGCCUGUCGUGACACGAUGACGGAAAGGUAGGGACUACGUGGGUCGCCACACGAGCUUUCUUCUGUACAGUGUAGAGAGGAAAACCGGAACGACCCCAAGCGCCGCUUGUAACUACAUUUGUUCAAAAAAAAAAAGGUCAUCUUAUUCCCAAACUGUUGACACUUUAUGCAUGUGGUAAUAAUUAAAAACAAAACAAAACGACAAAAUUAAUAAAGAUUUUAAGAGGUUAAA